AUGGAAGAAAUCAAACGACCAAUUGAAUAUUUUAGAAAUGCCUUAUUUAAAUACUUUGAUAAAUAUCUUCGAGAAAUUACAAUGAAUAAAGGAAUGGUUAAAAUGUCUCUACCUUUAGCAAUGUUCUUGAGUGGUAUUUCUUUUGAUGUUUAUUCAGAGAAUGAAACUAUUAAAGCCGAACGAGAUGAAGUAUUCAAAUAUUUAAAAAAAGUUCAAAUAAAGUCUCUCUAUAACAAACGUCAUAGAAAUAGUGUUAAUCCACUCUCAUUUAUUCUCACAUCAAGUAUCAAUGAAUUAGUCCUUUCAGAUAUUCCUUCAACAUUUGUUUUAACUGAUCAAAUUAGUCAUCAUCUUGUUAGUCUUAAAGUUGAAAAUUGUCCUUUUAGGUUAGAUUCUUUUACUACUGAGUGGCCCUUCUUAACUCAAUUAGUCAUUCAAAAAGCAUCUAUUCGUCAAAUCUCCCCAUUUGUUUUCGUUUGUUAUUUUUGUGUUAUAUAUAAAAAAAUUUUUGUUUAUAAUAAAAUAGACAAAAACAAAAUUUCCUGUUCUUAA